UUUGUUUGAAAGAAUCUUUAAAACAGAAUCUUUUAAAAAAUAGGAUCUUUAAAAUUUAAAGAGCCAAACGUCGGAAGAAUUAAAGCGCUUAAACGCAAUGAAAUAGAUAUGCAAUUGUUUUCGCUUAUCGCGGCGAGCUCACAAGCCUUUAGCGUUCUCGAGUGACCACUUCGGCGGUGUCUCACAGAACACAUUCUAUUGAGCUUUCUUACGCUUUUUAAUAUCUUACGAUUUUUUAUCGUAGUUAUUGAAAGAUAUUGUUGUGAAUAGUGUAACGUGUGUGUGUAUAUGUGUGUGUGUGUGUGUGUAGUGAUUUUAAGAAAUUACUACUGUUUUAACGAAAUUGUAGUUUCGAUAAAAGCACGAGAUUCGCGGAAAUUCGCAGAGAUAGCGUGCUUUCUCGGUGUUUUCCGUUUGCGGUCGUCGGUUUGUUUUUUAUUGUUGCAAGUGCUUUUCGUGGAUCAUCAAAAUGGAAAACAAUAAUGUAAAGAACAUUUCGAUAUUUGACAGAUGUACAUACAAAAACUGUAAUAACGUCAAGUCAGAAAACUGUAAAUUGUUUCGUUUUCCACGGAAGACUGAUGAAAGAUUUGACAUUUGGAUAAGAAACUGCGGUAAUGAAAAGUUAUUCAAGUGGUCCGCGGCAUCAAUACAGAAGGCAGGCUUAUGUGCAGACCAUUUUAAUAAAGAAGACUUCAAGAACCCUACAAAAUUACAUAUUAGAAAAAAUCCCAUACCAUGGAGCCCAAAGGAUAUUGAAAUUUCACAUUUUAUCAACGAUAACGCUGAAAAAAUUAUAGAAGUAAACAAAACAAUGGAAAAUAUUGUACAAGAUAAUGUUGACUCACAAUUAGAUAAUCAAGACCGUAUUCCAAUGGAAAUCGAAAGUCGUAAUGAUUUUCAAGUAGACGUUGCAGAGGCCAAGAAAAACAAAUUGCGAAGUAGCCACAAUAAGCAACGUAACACCUAAGAGAUGUUACCCUUCCGGAAAAGAACUUUUCUACAAUUUCGGAGAUGACAUCGCAGACGAUGAGUGGUUUAAUAAUAAAAAUCCACCUCCACUUUUUUGGGGUAAUUACUCACAGAAAGAAAUGGAAGCAAAUAUGCCGAAAAAGCGAAUAGAAAAAACGAAAAAAGCGUGUUCCUAAAAAAAUAUAUAAUGAAGACGAAUUAUGUGAAAUGGAAAAAUUAAAAAAAGAAAAUUUAAAAUUAAAAAAGCUUCUAAUGCAAAAGACGAGACAACAAUAAAAUAUAACUGCAAUAUUGAAAGGUCGCAAUAUUGAAGCUCGA